AUGAGUUACAACAACGAACCCAAACGACGACCAGAUUUUACAGUCAAUCAACAGCAGCCAUUCAAUGCUGAACCACCUUGUGAUGCCUUAAUUCGGAAUUAUGUCACACCUAACGACUAUUUCUACGUACGAAAUCAUGCCCCAGUACCUUCUCUACCAGGAGAAUCUUACCGGUUAAUGAUUGGUGGCGACGUUCCACAGCCUAUUAGUCUUUCAUUAUCAGAAUUAAAAUCUCAAUUCCCAAAAGUUCAGGUCAUGGCAACUUUAAUGUGCGCUGGCAAUAGAAGAGAUGAACUCAAUAAAAUCAAAACUGUUAAGGGUGUAACAUGGGGACCGGCUGCAAUUAGCAAUGGCAUUUGGGGCGGUGUACCCCUACGUUUGGUCUUACAUGCGGCUGGAAUUAUCGAGUCCAAUUUUAGGCAAUAUCACGUCUGCUUUGAGGGAUUUGAUAUUUGCAAAGACAAUACUGGAUAUGGAUCUUCGAUACCGAUACCAAAGGCCAUGGAUCCGCAAGGAGAUGUGUUGCUCGCUUACGAGAUGAAUGGAGAAGAAUUACCAAGAGAUCAUGGCUAUCCUCUACGGGUAGUAGUUCCAGGAUAUAUCGGCGCAAGGAGUGUCAAAUGGUUAAAAUCUAUUGUCGUGCAAAAGGAAGAAUCUACAAAUUAUUUUCAACGCCGAGAUUACAAACUAUUUCUUCCACAAGUAAACUGGGAUAACGUUGAUCAAUGGUGGGAUAAGAGUCCUCCAAUUCAGGAGUUGUCUGUUCAGGCUGCUAUUCUAGAACCAAAGAAUGGAGCAGCUAUAGAUACCGGUAGCCCAUACGCUAUUAAGGGCUAUGCAUUAUCUAAUGGGCACAGGAUUGCCAGAGUGGACGUCUCUUUAGACAACGGCGUUACGUGGGAGCCUGCCACAACGAUAAAUGGUGAAAUAAAGGAUAAUACUAAUAGAUAUUGGAGUUGGUUUCUUUGGACAUACACCGUUAGAUCUAUGCCUUCCCCAUGCCGUAUCGUCUGUCGAGCGUGGGACUAUGCAUCAAAUAGCAUGCCUGGAGAUGCACCUUCAAUAUGGAAUUUGCGUGGAGUCAUGAAUAAUAGUUGGCAUCGAAUCGACGUUGUGAGUAAAAGCAAAAUUUAG